AACAAAACAUACAAAACAUUGAGGUUGAGGUUGAGGUUAUAAUAUAUGAAUUGCGAAGUUUGAAGUGCAAGGAAGGAUCUGAAAACUGCAUCCCAGACUCUAAUUUCUAGUGUGUUCUCAUUAUUCUACCUGAUUUUUUUUGAAAUACUGUAUGUAAUGCUCCUGUUGUUAAUGAUGUUAAACUCACUCAUUGAACAGACAAAAAGAGUAGUUUUACGUCAAUUUCCAAGUAGUGAAAUUCGUCCUCCACCUGAAUAUUCGAAGAAAAGUAAUGUUCCAAAUGCUAACAAAGAAGUACCCAACAAAUGCCAUGAGAGUAAUAAUGAAGAACUCAAAGGAACUAUUUUUGAUUUUAUCAGGAACAUCAAAGACCCUGAAAAACCUGCCACUUUAGAAGAAUUAGAGGUCGUUAGUGAGGAUUCCAUUAAAAUUAAGCCAAGCACUCCCAGCUGCAUAUCUGUAAUUCAGGUUGAAUUUAAUCCAACAGUGCCUCACUGUAAUUUAGCAACAAUCAUCGGAUUAUGCAUACGUAUCAAGUUAGAGCGUGCACUAGUCGAUCCUUUCAAAUUAGAUAUCUACAUCAAAGAAGGCACCCAUUCAACUGAAGAAGAAAUUAACAAACAAAUUAAUGAUAAAGAACGUGUAGCUGCUGCAAUGGAGAAUCCAAAUCUUCGAAGUUUAGUCGAACAAUGCAUCAUAGAAGAGGAAUGAUCCUGCUUGAUCAAGAGGAAAUUCAACCAUGGAUAAUUUCAAUUUGGAUCUGUGAUCGGGUGUAAUGUAACCCAUCAGUGUUUGAAUCGAGGAUCAGUUGUUGAGUUUGUACCAAUUCAUCGUAGUUGGGAUCCAUCAUAGUUCUAAGAAGAACUGACGUGUCUAAAACUUUAUAAACUGCUCAAGAGAAAGUAUUUUGCUGUUUUCAAGAUGAAGGUGCAAAGUUUUCUUUUAAAAGGACACUAGGAGAAGAAUUCUUCUCUUGUAACCGAACAAAUAUGCUUUGAGUAAUUUUUUGUCUCUAGGAGUGUAUCCUUGUUUUUGUGUAAUCUCCUAGGUGUCAUCCUGCUACUUUUCAUGAGAAUCUUCGAGUAUACUCUUUCAAACAACCUGUAUUGAGAGGCAGAUUAUAACUUAAUUUUUCUCCAAAAAACCAAAAUUGAAACUUAUAUAAGGUCUUUAAAAUCAUGUGAUUUGCGUAUGUUUCAAAUUUACGCAGGUGAGGAAAAGUUUACAUGGUGAACUAUCCUCAAGAUAGUUUCUAUCAUUAUUUAGGUGAGUCUAUCAUUCACUUAGUGUAAUUGGAAUAAUUUAAAAAGGCACGGGAUGUGGAAGUUUUUCUUUAGAAUAUAUAUUUUCUUAAUUGAGAGUCUAAAUAGACUUAUUGCUAUUUUGUUUUGUUUGUAUUUUCUAAGAGGUUAAUCAGUGCUGAAAGCUAAAGGAAUUUCUCAAAAUACUGAUUUUAGGUUUACAGUAGAAAGGUUAGUAUCCUUGAAGAAAUUCUGAAGUGAGGCAUCCUCGUGAGGUAACGGUAAGUCCAUAUUUGUACUGCACAAAGUAAGGAGUAUGAUUUUGAUUAUCACUCGAAAAGUGGGACGGUGCGUGGUGGCGUAUGAUCUACUCAUAUUAUAGGGGUUUUUACUGAGCCAAAAAAAAAAUUAAAUGAUAAAACACAGCCUGUCCUUGGGCUGAAAGUUAUGUCGUUUUAAAACGUAAAUAUUCCCAGAUCUUAGCAGUAUUUCAAUAUUUUGUCCCUCUGGUGUCACAAGAUCUCAAAUUUGAGUGAUGCUGAAGGGAUUUUUUCUUUUUUAUCAGUUCAGUUAACAGGAAAUCAAAGUCUUUAGAAAAGUUUGUCCCCUCAAUUUAGAAAUAUUUUUCAUCGGGAAAUUUUUACGAAAAUUGUUUUUAUUGUAAUUUGUUAACUAAAAUAUUACAAAAGUAAAGUCUUUAAUGAGGAGGUUAGUUGUUCUUGUUAUGUUUCCCUCCUUGACUGAUGAAUUCGACAAUGCAAAAUAAGGGGUAAAAAAAGAAAUAAAAAAAUAACUACUCAAGAAAAAAACUUAACCAUUUUUGAUUAUACCUAUUGACCUGCUAAAGAGUAAAAAAAAACAAUGCCUUUUUGUUUCUUUCGAAAAGUAUAAAUUUGAUCAAAAUUCUGUUAAAUUUACAAAUGUUCUGACUUAAGUUGUUCUAUUUUUAUGAAUAUUGUGUAGUCAUUGAUAUAGUUGUGAAAGUAAAAAAACCAAAGCUGUGACUUUU